AUGCUGAUAUUGCCGUUGGAUUUGGUUCUCCACAUUGUCGAUGUCGGAGGGUUGGACUUGAAAGACUGCUUUGCCUUGUAUCAAACCAACCAGCUAUUCAGACAAAACCUACUGCAUCCUUAUUUCUGGCAUGUCAUCUACCAGAAGCAAAUUGCGCCCAUCUUUGAUGAGCUAGAGAUACCGAGACCCGUCACGAAUUACUUUGAAGAAUGCCACCUCCACUACAAACGGAAACUCGAGUUGGACCAACACAUGCAAAGUAGUCGUAAAAUUGACACAAGUAAGCUUGAAGAUGAGGUUCGAAAAACAGAUUUGCAACUACUUGCAAUGGAAUUUGCUUGGGACCGAGACACAAGUCUUUGCUAUAUGCUGGAUCCAACUUACAUACUCGCUCUUUUGCAAAAGCACCAAGCCGAAGAGCAAAAACUAUGGCAUUUCUUGGAAAACGGUAGAGAAUCCAGCUACGAUAUCACAAAGGUGUCGUUGCUUGAGUACCUCGUCAUGAACCAAUUCUAUGCCGUGGGCUUGCGGCACAUGAAAAAUUUAAACAACGACACUCUGCACGAAUCGAUAUUGUUCUACUUUAGUCUACUAGAAAGAAGCAACUUCCGCUUGUUGCGCUACAGAUUGAAAUAUCUAACCAAAUUAAAGAAAAUUAUACGCAACCGCGUCUUGCCAAAAAUCGCCCAUCAAGCUGGCUCGGUCUCAAACGUUGAACUCCGCCGCAAAUAUCUCCACGCGAGUAUCUUGGAGUUGAUGAAGAGCUUGUCAGGUGAAAUAUGUCGUGGACAAGGUAGUACUCCAAUAGACGCUUACGACGUGUUGAAACUAUACUGCGGUAUGGGUGGCAGCGAGCCGGUCAUCUUGGCCGUGAUUGCAAAAGUUGUCGAAGAAGAAUGGCAUUUCCUAUGCCAAAGCCUCCACUUGUGCCAAAAUCAACACCCACAAUACAAAUUCUCCGUGCGUAUUGUGUCGAAUUUGGCCAUGAUUGACGACUUUAUAAUGCUCUUUGGCCCGGAUGAACCGCUUGUUAUCGAGCAUCACAACAACCCAACUUUGAUGGGUGCGUUUCUCAACUACCGCAAAACGGUACACUCGUGGUUUAUGCCCGAGAAUGCACCCAGUAGAUUUGCACAACUUUUCUCGCAAUCGCGACAGUUGCCAGAUUGGCUGACGACGAAGCAAGGAUUUACCAGCUACGAGUUCUCAAGGCGGGUCAAACUUUUUCCCGAUGAUCCCAACGCAGUUGCCGCAAACUUCAUCCCCACUUUGCUCCUGGUGCGCAAUAAUGAGUCCCUAACGCACAAGAUCGUGUUGAAUACAUUUGCGUCUCAAGAAGAUACACCUAUCAAUACGCGGGGCGAGAGAGGCUACUCCUGUGGCGUGAUUGUCAAUACGAGAAUGUACCCUGGAGUCAUUUACGGAGAGGAGAAUGAUGGUACAUAUUUUUUUCUCCUUUGCGUCGAUGGCGGUGACUUGCUCUGGAAAACUUCCUCGAUGAGUCCGUGGAGAGCAAAAGACAAGGAUGAAAUUGGCUCGAUGAUUAGAUUACUCGGUCUCGAUGGUUUGUUUAUGAAUGGGUUUAGAACCAUUUUGUUUGAUCGCAGUCAUCUUGCUAUCAAAUUUGAACUCUAG